AGUUAACUUCUUUAGAUUCCCGAAUAUACUCAGGUACAUUCCCAAAUGUAUACCUCGGGUCAUCACAUGCCUCAGCUAAGUCGCUUUCAAUCGUCACCAAUGACGGAGUUACUAGCUACCCUAGCUAUCCCGGCUAUUCCAUCUCUUAUUCUUCUCCGCCUCAAUCCUUCCUCAAAGACAUGUUUAUAAUACUUAACUAUAUAAUAACAAAUAUCCAAACUAUUUCGUUAACCUAUCGAUCUUAUACAGCCUAGAAGAGACCAAUCCCGUAAUAAACCAUCACCUUUCAUUGCCAAUGGCAACCAAAGUAAACAGCUUACAGACGGACCCCAUUUGAUGUCAUGACACGAUGGCGGUACAAUCCACACUUCGUCACUCGGCGUCCGAAGACAUCCUCGUAGCUUUUAUCGACAAAUACACGAACCUGAUCCGUAAUCGCAUACGAAAGACCUCCCGCCGUACCAAGCUCCUCGCGACCCUCACCCUCGCCGCAUCUAUAAUUCUCAGCGCAGAAGGUGGUCGGAGAUGGUGGAAACGUAGGAGACAAGAGAAAGAGCAAGGUCGUAAGCUUGUGCGCACUAAUUCGUGGGUGUUUAAUAAGGAUGGGUCGAGGACUGUGUACGUCCCGUAUAAGGACGGGACGUCCAAGGUCGUCAUACAUAGGACGAAACCGCUGACCUUCGAGGCGCAUCGUCGGCUAUUCUUGAACCCUCCGAAGGUAUCGGGGCUCGGCGAUGGCACCGUUCCUUCGGCGCAGACGAAACCGGGGCUGAAUCUCGCCUUCUUACAUCAGUUUCUAAGCUUGAUGAGUAUCAUGAUACCGCGAUGGACGAGCAAAGAGGCGGGGUUGUUAGUAAGCCACGGCGUAUUUCUAAUGCUGCGCACCUAUCUAUCGCUAGUAGUUGCGCGGUUAGAUGGUGAGAUUGUUCGAGAUCUAGUUGCAGGCAAUGGACGGUUAUUCCUCUGGGGUAUACUAAAGUGGUGUGGACUUGGAGGUUUUGCUUCUUACACCAACUCCAUGAUCAAAUUCCUAGAAUCGAAAGUGUCUAUUGCGUUCCGAACCCGAUUAACGAGAUAUAUCCAUGAUCUAUACCUAAACGAUAAUCUAAACUACUACAAGCUAUCCAAUUUAGAUGGUGGGGUUGGACAAGGAGCCGACCAAUUUAUAACCCAGGACUUGACAUUAUUCUGUGCUUCCGCCGCGAACCUGUAUUCUUCACUAGGAAAACCAUUCGUCGACCUUUGCGUAUUCAACUACCAAUUAUACCGAUCGUUAGGACCGCUUGCGUUAACUGGUCUUAUGAGCAAUUACUUCUUAACAGCGAGUAUUCUGCGGAGAAUGUCACCACCUUUCGGAAAGUUAAAGGCAGUUGAGGGACGUAAAGAGGGAGAUUUCAGAAGUCUACACGCCCGGUUAAUCGCGAACGCCGAAGAAGUUGCUUUUUAUGGCGGCGCCGAAAUGGAAAAGACAUUUUUGAACAAAGAAUUCAAGUCCCUUAAGAGCUGGAUGGAAGGCAUAUACCUACUAAAGAUCCGCUAUAACAUCAUGGAAGACUUCAUCUUAAAAUACAGCUGGAGUGCUUACGGCUACCUCCUUUCCUCCUUGCCAGUCUUCCUCCCGGCUUGGGGUGGCUUAGGAGGAGCAAUGGAAAUGGUCGAGAGCGCUGAGAAAAGCGGCCGGGAACGAAAUCGGAUGAAGGACUUCAUCACGAAUAAACGCCUCAUGCUUUCGCUUGCGGAUGCAGGUGGCCGAAUGAUGUACUCCAUCAAGGACCUGUCCGAACUCGCUGGUUACACUAGUCGCGUUUAUACCUUGAUCUCGACGCUACACCGCGUCCAUGCCAACGCAUACUUCACUCGUCCGAGCGGUAGCGAGUUAUACUCGCUUUCAGAUGUUCAAGGUACUAUCCAGAAAGGCUUUGAUGGUGUGCGAUUCGAACAUGUGCCUAUUGUUGCUCCUGGACUGUGGCCACAGGGUGGAGAGGAGCUACUUGAUUCGCUAUCUAUGAUUGUCCGACGAGGAGAGCACUUGUUGAUAUCUGGCCCCAAUGGUGUGGGUAAGAGUGCCAUUUCAAGAGUACUUGCUGGACUCUGGCCAGUUUACCGUGGCUUGGUUAGUAGACCUAAGUCUAUCGGCGAGGAUGGCAUCAUGUUCUUACCCCAAAGACCGUACCUGAGUGUCGGUACUUUACGUGACCAGGUCAUCUACCCGGAUGGCGAAUUGGAUAUGCGUCUUAAGCGCAAGAGCGAAGACGAAUUGAAGCGAGUUUUAGACGCUGCUAAACUUGGCUAUCUACCCGAUCGUGAAGGAGGCUGGGAUACUAGAAAGGAAUGGAAAGAUGUGUUGAGUGGUGGUGAGAAGCAAAGAGUUGGUAUCGCCCGCUUGCUGUAUCAUGAGCCUCAAUACGCCGUCAUCGAUGAAGGUACUAGUGCCGUCUCGAGCGACGUAGAGGGUCUCUUGUACGAGACAUGCAAGGAAAGGGGUAUCACUCUAAUCACCAUUUCAACGCGCGCUUCUCUGAAGAAGUACCAUACCUUCAACCUUAGCCUUGGAGGUGGCGAUAAUGGAGAUGCAUGGGAAUUCGAGCGCAUCGGAACCGAGAGGGAGAAGAUGCAAGUCGAACGCGAAUUACAGGAGCUUCAUGAGCGUCUAUUACAAGUCGAACAGUGGAAGCAACGCCGCGAGGAAAUAGAAAAGGAGCUCGCGCAGGUUUGGGUUGAAGGUGACGCUUCAUCGUUAGAUCCACCUCCUUACGUUGAUGCUGUUGAGACUCUUGAAGCCGAGUCUGAGAAGGGCGAAGCUCAAUAGACUAAUAAACGAAACUCAUGGAAUAUGUACCUAGGUAGAGUUGCUGUACCAUUGCCGUGUACGAGUAACUUGUAGCAUGAGGCAAUUUAUGAUAUUAAACGUGACCAUCGUCAAUAAGAGUCAGACGCAGCAAGUGAGACAUCUAGCACAUACCUACAAAGAUGGUCUUUCUAUCAGACAGAUCAAUGCCAACACAUCGCGAACUAUUUAGAUAAAUC